CGCCAUGAAUAUAGUUACUUCCCUUUAUUGAAAGUUGGUCUUAGCCGAGAAUGUAAACAUAAAGAACAACAGAACAUGUAAUCUUUGCAAGUUAUAAAAAAGAUGAAUACUGGCGAAAUUAAUAAGACUGCAGUGGGCAGUGAUAUUUUUGCAGAGUUCUUGGAGACAAGUAUUCACUUAAUUUUGUACAACAGACUCCUCUACCCACCUGGUGUGUUUGAAAGAAGGAAGAAAUACAAUGUUCCUGUACAGAUGUGCCUCCAUCCAGAUGUCAAUGGCUACAUCUCCAAGGUGAUUGGAGGGGUAAAGGACAUGGUUGCUAGGGGAGACGUCUCCAUGGUUACCAUGGUAGUGCUGGACCAGGCACAGAACCCACUCGAGAGAUUUGUGUUUGAGUUGGGAAAGCCAACAGAAAACGAAAGGGAUGACCAGUAUAUGUUUCGACUAGAAGAUGCCCUCAGAGCAUUCCUGCUUAAGCUGAGUGUAGCAGAUUCCUUACUGAAGCCUCUACCAGAAGACUGCAGCUGGGCGGUGCAUGUACACACAAGAGAAAGUACCGCGGACAAGUUCAUCCAGACACAGUCUGUUCAGGUCUGUACACACAAGAGAGAGUACUGCAGACAAGUUCAUUCAGACACAGUCUGUUCAGGAUUUCACAUGGGUUCCAGCAGACGAGAAGCAAACGACUCUGAGAAAUGCAAGUCUUCUGCCAUUGAAGACAGCAGACACGGCAUUACUCAAGAUGCAGAUGUUUGUAGAAGAGAGUUCCCUGAAGGAUCAAACAUGACAUAAUCAUUACCAGUGACGUUGUACAUUGCGUCAUUUCCGAUGAACGAUAUUACUCUUUCGUUUAUAAAAUGAGACGUGAUUAAAUUAAGAGGGGGUAAUCACGUGACAAACAAGAUGGCGACGUCCUUGCGAGGCAGGUAUUUUUCGUCGUUUUAUACCCGUUAUUACUUGUAGUUUUUUUUUAUUCCGCUCACUUUCCAGACAUAUUAGGAAGAAAGUUACUGGCUUUUAUUUCAUAAUAAUAUUCGCUCUAUAUCUCGACUUUACUCGGUGCGAAAUUUCUUAGCGGGAUGACCUAAUUAGGGCUCCACUAAGACAAUUUGCGCGGAGUAAAGCCGAGAUAUAAAGCGAAUUUAAAUACGAAAUAAACGCUAAUCACCUUUUUACUGAUAUGGCUGGAAAGUGAGCGUCAUUUGAACAAUAAACAGAAGUAAUAAAGGGUAUAAAACGGCGAAAAAUAACUGUCUCGGUAUACAUGUACGUCGCCAUCUUGACUAUCGCGUGAUUACUCCCUCUGUGAAUAGGGGCCAGUUGUGACGUCAUUCUUAUGACACUUUGAAGAAUGUGAUGUUGUUUAACAGUUUUAUUAGUUAUUGAACGAAAUAACAAUUAACAUUUUAUGUGAAAGCUAGCACGAUAAAAUCUUUGUAUGUUAAUGAGCAGUAUGAAUAGAAAUUGAAUGUUAUGGCAUGAUAGGAACAUUGUGUGCAAGUGUCACGUGUUUGGAUAACUCUAGAAGUUAAAGUGAUCUUUUCACGGUGUGGUAAAUUGACAAAAUUGAAAAAAGUUGUUUCAGAUUCGCAAAUUUUCGUUUUAGUUAUGAUAUUUGUGAGGAAACAGUAAUACUGAACAUUUACCAUGGUCUAAUAGAGCCAUUAUAUGCAUCUUUUGACGAUUUUAAAACCUAAAAAUUAUAAAGCGUUGCAACGCGAAACGAUUUAAUAAUUUGGAGAGUUCUGUUUUUGUCGUUAAAUUUUGUGAAACUACGAAGAUUGCUUAUAUAAGGUAUAAAAUACGUUCAGCAUGUGUACUCGGCGGAAUAGCUCAGCAGGCUAAAGCGUUUUUACUUCAGGACUCUGGCAGGACUCCAGGGGUCACUGGUUCGAAACCUGGUCCGGGCAAUGUUCUUUUCCUUUUUUAAAUUUUAUUCUUGAUUUUUUACUGGAGCUUUUACGAUCCAAUGUUUAAAUUUAUCGAUAUAAAGCAUUUAAUGAAUAAGUUAAAAAAAUGCCAAAAUCUGUGAAAAGGCCCCUUUAAAGUGAAGCCUUCUGCUGUGAAAACUGAUUUGACGAAUGGGAGGUAUUUAGGCAGUUUGUCAGAUUUUUUUUAAUACAAUGUUUAGCUAAAAGGAGCUCAUUGAAAGUUGUUCCCAUGAAAUAUAUGCUUUCGUUAAAACAAUGCUCAUCCCAUCUUUUCCUGUAGAUACUAAUCUAGUAACAAAGACCUAUAGAUAUAUUCUAUAGGUCUUUGCUAGUAACAAUAUUAUAUAUCGAUGAAAAAUAAAUUCAAUUUAAAAAAUUGUUUCGUUCAUCCCUCCACUGUGAUUGAACUCAUAUCUACAAAAUCACCUACAAACUACAUCAAUCCUGAUAACUAAACUGCACGUGCGUGUAGUGGUUCUAAUUACAAAUUUAGUUCAAUAUGAAUUUGCCAAUCUUCUGUUUUUCACGCUUCAGCUUAAGGUUUUCCUGGACACAAAAGUGUAUAUUUAUACCAUUUGUUAUAUUAAUUGAGCAUUAUUAAAACGAGAUAUACGUGCUAAGCAACAAUGUAAUUUAUUUUGUUUCUAUUUGUGAAAAUAUUUUACCUGAUUAUUGUAGAAAUGCGCCGUUAAAUUCGAAAUUGUUAAAUUGUAAUGAAAUUUUAA